AUGACCAACUGGAUCUGUCCCUCUAUCAAAAAGCCACAGUGGCUAGCCCUGCUUCCCUUGCUUCUCAUCCUAUUUGUCCAGUGCUGUCUGGGACCAGCCCCUAAGCGGGUGUACGAGGAAAGUGCCUUUGCCAUAGGCCAGAAUCGGAAAUCCAAGACCGGGCAAAGGAAUGAAAUUGACACCCCUGAGGCUUUUCCGGAUCUUGCUAAUGGGUUUAAGACACUUUCUGAGAUUUAUUUUAUAAACAUUUGUUUGUGUGUGUGUGUUUUACUAGGGUUCCUGAGUACAGGUGACCAGGCAGCCAAAGGGAAUUAUGGGCUGUUGGACCAGAUCCAAGCACUCCGGUGGAUCAAAGAGAAUAUCCAGGCUUUCAAAGGCGACCCGAAAAGGGUGACUAUAUUUGGAUCAGGAGCUGGGGCAUCCUGUGUAAGCUUGCUGACCCUGUCACACUAUUCAGAAGAUUUGUUUCAGAAAGCCAUAAUCCAGAGUGGGACUGCUUUGUCAAGCUGGGCUGUCAACUACCAGCCAGCCAAAUACACCCGCAUACUAGCUGAGAAGGUGGGCUGCAAUAUGCUAGAUACUGUAGAUCUGGUGGAAUGUCUACAGAACAAAAACUACAAGGAGCUGAUUGAACAGUACAUCACACAGGCCAAGUACCACAUUGCAUUUGGUCCAGUUAUCGAUGGUGACGUCAUCCCUGAUGACCCCCAAAUUCUGAUGGAACAGGGAGAGUUUCUCAACUAUGACAUCAUGCUGGGCGUCAACCAGGGUGAGGGUUUUAAAUUUGUGGAUGGCAUCGUGGACAGUGAGGAUGGUGUCUCUGCAAACGACUUUGACUUUGCUGUGUCUGAUUUUGUGGACCACCUCUAUGGUUAUCCAGAGGGCAAAGACACGCUUCGAGAAACCAUCAAGUUCAUGUAUACGGACUGGGCUGACAAGGAGAACCCGGAGACCAGGCGAAAGACUCUAGUUGCACUCUUUACUGAUCACCAAUGGGUGGCGCCAGCGGUAGCGACGGCGGACCUUCAUGCUCAGUACGGAUCUCCAACAUAUUUUUAUGCUUUCUACCACCACUGUCAGAGCGAAAUGAAACCUAGCUGGUCGGAUUCAGCACAUGGAGACGAGGUGCCUUAUGUGUUUGGAAUUCCCAUGAUUGGGCCCACUGAUCUCUUUAACUGUAAUUUCUCCAAGAACGACGUCAUGCUUUCGGCGGUGGUAAUGACUUACUGGACGAAUUUCGCAAAAACUGGGGAUCCGAAUCAGCCAGUUCCACAGGACACCAAAUUCAUCCACACGAAGCCUAACCGCUUCGAGGAAGUGGCUUGGUCUAAAUACAACCCAAAAGACCAGCUUUAUCUACACAUUGGGCUGAAGCCAAGGGUGAGAGAUCACUAUCGUGCGACUAAGGUUGCCUUCUGGUUAGAGCUGGUACCUCAUCUUCAUAACAUCAAUGAACUCUUUCAAUACGUCUCGACCACGACUAAGAUACCUCCGCAGGAUACUACGCCAUUCCCGUACACUAAGAGACUGGGUAAAACAUGGCCGUCCACGACACGUCAUCCUGGUGUUCCACCCGCCAACACCAAACAAACUACAGACCAGCAUAAAGGCAAUGAUUUGGGCGACGACUCAGCGGUGGUUAUCGAGACAAAGCGAGAUUACUCCACCGAACUCAGCGUGACCAUCGCGGUGGGUGCUUCUCUCCUUUUCCUCAACAUUCUGGCCUUUGCAGCACUCUACUACAAGAAGGAUAAGCGCCGUCACGAAUCCAACCGACGUGGGCCCAGCCCACAGCGGAACUCUGCACCAGCUAAUGCAGUGGCUAACGCCAAUGACAUAGCACAUUUGCAGAGCGAGGAGGUGAUGUCGCUCCAGAUGAAACAGCAGCAGAUGGAACACGAGCACCAUCAUGAGUGCGAUGCUCUGCCAGGUCACGAUACGCUUCGUCUUACCUGCCCAGCCGAUUACACACUUACUCUACGACGUUCGCCUGACGACAUCCCGCUCAUGACGCCAAGUACCAUAACAAUGAUUCCUCACUCUCUGGCCGGAAUGCAGCCCCUGCACAAUUUCAACACGUUUGGAGGUAGUCAGAACAGUACCAACCUGCCCCAUGGGCACUCCACCACCAGGGUAUAGCUUUGUGCUGUGCACUAAAAGAUACUUUUCAGAACUCUAGGACAUGGUCUGCUAAGGCAUUGGGGGUUAAGGUCCUUUGUUUGUCAUGGCAAACUGUGCUGACUUUGUUCCACUCUGAGACUUAUCUUGGUGGAUGAGAUGUUAUUUUCCUAUGAAGCCUUCUUGCAGAAUAUAUCAAAGUCAAAUAUGACCUACUUGCGAAAAAAAAAAAGAAUGUUACUAAAGUAAUACUUUAUUUGGAGACAAGCUUGGUAAGGGCAGGGGACUUUACACCAAAAGACAAGAACUCUCUCCAAAGGACUAUUUUGCUUGUAUAGACAACAUAUACACCAACAAAAGAGAGGUUAAAGGAUCUUACGAAGCUUUGUAUGUGCCAUACCAUAUGUCAUAUACCAAGAGCAACAAUGAGAGCAAUGUUAUUAUACAAUAACUAUAUUUCAGACAAACACAUUAAUAUUAUUUUCUGAGAGUGUUUUCACAUACCCAACCUGUGGAUUGAACUCAAAAAUCCCAGCCUGAAAUGUAAUUAUGACAACAUUUGUAAAGGUGACAAAAUGUAAAUACUUGUGAGUCAAAUACAAAUAUUAAAAGAAUUACAAAAAGCUUUUAUUGUUGUUUAGUUCAAAAUAUGACUAUUAUGAGCUUACGUUUUUGUUAC